GGAAUGGCGGAGGUGGUGGAGUUCCGGGUACCCACCGGGAGCGCCCAAACUUUGCUGGUCUGGGGGCUGGAGCCUCAGCCGGACCUGGAGCAUUCCCUGUAUUCAGCAUUUUCCAAGUUUGGGCUGCUGUACUCAGUACGUGCACACAGCAGUGCAGCAGGGGCAGGGCCGGGCUCCUACGCCAUCCUCAAGUUUUAUUCCUCUGGGGACGCACGCAGAGCCCAACGCGCCUGCAACGGGCAAAGGCUCUUCCAGAAAUCUGCCCUGAAGGUCUGUGUUUGCACCAAGCAGAAAGGGUUUCAGCAACAAGGCCUUGCUCUCAACAGCAACAAGUGCCAGGAGUUGGCCAACCACUACCUUGGCUUUAAUGGCUGGUCCAGCCGCAUCAUCACACUGCAGGACGUGUCUGGCUUUGAUGGUGAGAAUGAGGAGCAGUCUGUGAAAUACCUGUGUGCUGUGGAGGUGACUCUGCCCACCCACGGGGUGUGCACCAGGGGGGUUGCCCUGGCUGAGGCAGACGUGGAGAACACUGAAGAUCCUCUCCAGUUCAUCACAGCCUCCAGGAGAGUUCAGAAGCUUGCUGUUGGGAAGGCUUUGUCUGCUGCCUUUCAGAAGAUACUCCUGGUAGUCUUAGAGAAUGGGAAAGUGGCUGUGGAGUACAAUUCCACCCAAGAGGAGCUCACAGAUUCCUUAGCAGAAGAGGAACUGAAGGGGCUUGUUCAGGUCAACGAAGUGUCCUUGGAACAGUUUGACUGUGAAGAAGAAGUUUUGUCUGAUCUCAGUUUUGAUGAUGAGCUCCCUGGGCAGGAGAUGCCAUCUAAUUAGUGCAGCUCUGUCUUCACAUCAUUUCCCGAAGUUCUGCAGUGUCUGAUUAGGAAGGAAAGUCUCAAUACUGUCAAAUGCCAUGUGCAUCACAGCCAGUGUUUUCUUUUCCUCCAAACUGGUAACAGCCAUAGAAAAGGGCAGUAAACCUGGUGUUACUAAAAUUAAGCCCCAAAAUAUAUGCUCUUUGUUUGGAGGGGAAGUGUUUUCCUGUCAUCCAAACCAGGUCAGCUAAAUAUGGAAGCCAGCUUAGCUGCACAACUGGUAUUUUGGCAGUGUAACAGAUUUGCAGGGUGCUUAAAGAAAAAUAAAAAGGAUUGAACUCAGGUUUGUUCUGAUCUGCAGGAGAAAGCUGGAGACAGCAGGGGAUGUCUUGCCAGCAGGAGUAGCUGUGGUGCUUACACAUGGCUGCAGAGGCACAGAGAAAGAGAAUUUCAGUGAAUCUUUUCAAGAAAUAACCCUGAGUCUUGCAAUAAUACAUUGCACCACAGGAGCCACGUGGGUUGAGCCCCAGUCAGGACAUUGCUGUGAUGUAAAGCAAAGAUUCUUUUUAAUAACUGUUUAAUUAAACUUAGUAAAAUUUUGUAA